CUAUAGUUCUUGCAAAUUUAAAGUAAGCUAGCUGGUGAUUUUGUUGUUUUAGUUCUUCACCUGCUAGCUAGGUUGCACGUGCCUGUUUUUAAUAAUUGUUACACGUAGUACAGAGCCUGUGGUCUAUAUCACAAAGAAGCCCCGCCCCUCGCCCAACCCUACCGCCAUAACUACCAAAUUUUCUGCGGGAAAACAUGCCAUCUAUAAAAAAACAAGCAUGUCUUUGAAUGUCAUUUGACUGAUUUGUGUGUACUAACUUUGUAAGUGUGAGCACUAGUCAGAAUUUUCCAAAUGUAAACAUUACAAUCUUGAGUUAGAAAUGUUUCAUUUGUGACAGUCAAUACUCAAUUGCUUCAGUUUGCAAAGAAUAAGCAAACUAGCAAAUUAAAUUAUGAACUACUGUAUAUGAUUUAACUAAAAUUAAUUUUGAUAGACUUUGAUAACACUGAAAGCACUGCUGCAGGCAGGGCGCGGUUCUAGACAGGCGCAUAUGGGGGGGCAGUCAGAAAUGUGAACCGGGCAUCAUAUGUACACAUCAUGUUCGAGCACUGUUUUUUUCCUGUGCUUAUAGUAAUAGUAUUGCUUAUAGCUUAUAGUAACAGUAUUGUCAUUGCUGAAUUGUGUUGUUAGCUGCAUCCAAAGCCUGGAGAAGUGGAUUGCACUUUGUCAGGCCUCUACCUUCAGACCUGUCCAACUUGGGUGUCCCACUUGAAGACUAAGCUCCUGCUGGUAUAGCUCUUAAGGUCACUGAGGCACGCAAAGCCCCUGACCACAAUAAGGUGGCAAUCCCUCAGGGGGGAAACUGAAAAAUAAAAAUGUAAUAAAUAAAACAAAAUAAAAUAAAAUAUCCUUAAUCCAGAUUUGGGGGUUUCCUCAAACGGUCAUUUGUCUUCAGUCUGUCAAAUUCAGCGGACGUGGACUCAUCGCUGUGCUUGUUGUAACUGAAAAAAUGCUGCAGCUUCUUCAAAGUCUUUCCACUCCGUGACCGUGCUGAAAUCCGACACGACACUAUGUUAGGCUACGUCUGGACUCAUUUGCAUACGGACGGUGAUUGGAUGUUUACCGAGGGCUCAGGGGAGGAGUGUGUGUGUGUGUGUGUGUGUGUGUGUGUGUGUGUGUGUACGGAGCCCACCUGGUCACCCCUUGGAGAAAAGAAAACAAGACCCGCAAAUCCGUGAUCACGGUUUUAUAAUUCGUCCCCUCAGUUUAUAAACCGUACUCACGGAUUAUUAAACUGCUCCCUCAGUUUAGAAGUCGUACUCACGGAUUAAUAAACCGUACGCACGAGUUAACAAUCCGUACUUUCAGAUUUGUAAACCGUACACUCAGUUUUUGUAAUCCGUACUCACAAAUUCAUAAACCGUGCGCACGCUUUCGCAAUCCGUACCCACGGUUUUGCAAACUGUACUCACGGAUUUGUAGCCCCUCCCUCAUUUCAGACAUCUGUAGACCACAAGCACGACAACAGCUCCAAACGCAAUGUGUUUAAGCUUCAUUUUUUUUAAAAUGGAGAAUUUCUUAAUUUUCUAAAAUAUGAUGGAGAGUUGGAUGACCUUACUGUGUCAACUUUUCAAGAGGAGAAGGUAAAAACCAAUACAAUACGAAUAAUGCACAGAUUCUUUGGCUUAAUACAAUUCAAUUACUUCAAUUAAUUCAAUUACUUAAAUAUUAUUUCUUAAAAUGUCUUCUUUUGUGUUCCACAGAAGAAAGUCAAUUACAGAUUGACUGCAAUGCAGUCAAUAGUAUGUCAGAUGAACAGCUUUUGACAUAUGUCCCCAGAUUUGGAGACCAGAUAGCAAAACGACAGUACUGCAGAAGAGAAGUAGCUGCAUUAGAAGGAAAUAGCACUACAUUUUCUAAAGCAACAGAAAACCUCAUGUCAAAAUUGCAAGAAAAGCGGGCCAGCAAGAGGAAAAAUGGUGAUAAUCGUUCAGAAAAGCUCAGUGGAAAAUCAAAUGCCCAAAAAACAAAGCAAAGUUACCAAAUGGGACUGUUUGAAGAGAUUAGUGGCUUCUUUGUCCACAUCAAAGAAAAGCGUGGUGGUGGAACCAGACAUUUAAAAGCUUUGAAGAGUGCUACCAUGGCAGAACUGUUAGAGUGUGGCAAGGAGCUGUUCUUUCCAAAUGAGAAAAAUAAGCUAGGAGAUAUAACUGAAUUUGAAUUGAAAUUGAGAGACUUCACAGAAGAAGAACUACAUCCACAGACAACAUUAGGUGAACAAUAUGAACUGAGGAAGGUAAAGAUGCUGAGACUGUAUCUAUCUUGCAAGAGGAUAGACAACUCCAAGUAUAAGCAAUAAAACAGUAGAUGGACUUGCAGUUGAACAAGGUCCUUCUACCUCUGCUGAGGCAUGUGAAUGUGAGGAAGAACUUGUCAUAACUGAGGACAACAGUUCCAUUGUUGAUUCACCUUUUUUGUCAGACAACAGUGUAGUGUUGUUAGAACCAGGCACUAUGAAUGUAAUACAUAGCUCAAUUUCAGUUGAUGAAGAAAUUCAGUUUGGAUAUGCAGUUUUAGAAGAUGGUAUGCUUGAUGACACUCUACCAAUGGAACCCACUGAAAUUGUGCAAGACCAGUCACAAACCACAAAGUUAAGACUUCGCAGGGGAAACAUUUUCCAAGAUCUUAAUGCAGCUUUUACAGAUGGCUUAGUAUCUGUCAAUUAUUGUCUUGUAGAAAUUGAGAUGGUCCUACAUAAUGGUACCACAGAGAAAGGAGAAGACAAUGGUGGAAUUUUUAGAGACGCAUUGAGUGAGUAUUGGGGUACAUUUAUCAUGAAAUAUACAUCAGGAAACACACUAAAAGUACCCAUGACAAGGCAUGAUAUGAAAGAUGAAUGUGAAAAUGUAGCUAAAGUGAUGGUCCUUGGUUAUAACACUUUUCAAUACUUUCCCAUCGUGCUGGCCAAGCCUUUUCUGUGUUAUUGUCUUAGACUUAACAUUGAUGAGGAUGAGCUCUUAACAGCAUUUCUGGAGAUAGUUUCUCAAGAGGAAAAGCAGCUUGUUGAAGAAGCAAUGAGAGACGUUACAUCUGUCUCUGAACGAGAUGAAUGGGUUGAAUUCUUGGAAGCUCAUGAUGUGAAACUUCUUAUCAUUGAGAAAAAUGCCAAGCAGAUCUUACUUGAUGUGGCACACAAAGAAAUUGUGCAAGAUCCAGCUUACAUAGCAGAAUGUUGGAGUCCGGUGUUGAAAAAACUGAAACUACCUCCAGGGGGACUAAAUGAAUUGAUGAUGAGCCUUACUCCAACAGCAAGAAAAGUUAUAGCCAUAUUACAACAUGAAAAAUUUAAUAACAGAGAAUGCCAGGUCAUGGAUUAUCUAAAGAGGUUCAUCAAGCACUGUAGUGAUGUUCGGCUCAGGAAAUUUCUGCGUUUCUGCACAGGUGUUUUGUUUCUUUCAUUAUAUUUAUUAAAUAUAUAGUUUUAUAUUACAUACAACUGUAAAAUCUAACUGUAAAAAAUAUACUUUAAUAAACUGUUAUGCAUUUUUUCUGUUGUGCACUGUUAAAUUGUUUGUAUACAUUUGAAAUUGUUAAUACAUUUUUUCUUGGUAUGAGCUGACCUCCUUGUUGCAAGGUUUAUUCAUGUCCGAUUUGUGCAGCCACAAACUUCCUUCACAAGAUCUCCCCAGUCCCGUGGAUGUGUGUUAGAAGUUCCAAACAAUUAUACUUCAUACCCUGAGCUUGCAAAGGAGUUCAUAAACAUCCUUGAUGCAAACAUAUGGGUGAUGGAUAUUGUGUAAAGGUAAGGAUGCCAAUAAUAUAAAAAAAAUAGGUCUGUUAUAUUCCUUAAUUAGACAUGCAUUUAUCUAUAUCUGUCUAUUUGGGACGAAUGUGAACGCUGACUCCACCCUACCUCACCUACAUCAGUGCCUGCCUUUUGUAACACUCUUGUGGCUGAUGAACACAAAUAUCCA